AGUUUUAUAGACACAGAGCCUCAUUGGAUUGUACUAGAUGGAGCCUCCAGUGAGAGCUGAAGACGAGGCGAUGAGCACGGAGGAGCUGCUCCAAGCCCAGACGGAUCUCUACCACCACUCCCUAGCCUACAUCAAAUCUAUGGCGCUCGGUGCCGCCACAGAACUCAGCGUCGCCGACGCCAUCCACGGCCGUGGCGGUGCCAUCACCUUGUCUGACCUUGCGGCCGCGACCGGCGUCCACCCGACGAAAGUCCAACACUUCGGGCGGCUGAUGCGCGCGCUUACCGUCACUGGUGUCUUCACCUCGGAAGAAAAAGAAGGCGGUGGUGGUGCCCUGUACAAGCUCACUCGGAUUUCACGCCUCCUUCUCGGAGUCGGCAAGCGUCGGCUCUCCCCGAUGGUGCGUAUGCUUGUCAGCGAGGUCAGUUUCACUACUCCCAUGAGCAUCUGCGAGUGGAUCACCACUGAGACGCCGGCCAGGGCCAUGUUCGAGGCCCAUUUUGGCUCUACGCAAAAUGGGUUGUGGGAGAAGGACGACGCGUAUGGUGCCCCCUUCUACUCAGCAAUGGCUGCGGACAGCCGUCUCGUCAUGGAGGUUCUGCUGAGAGAGUGCAGCAGCGUCUUUGAGGCCGUUGCCGGCUCACUUGUCGAUGUCGGCGGCGGCAGCGGAGGAGUCGUGGCUGCCGCCAUUGCCACAGCGUUCCCUCACAUCAAGUGCUCCGUGCUGGACCUCCCCAACGUGGUAGCCGCGGCUGACGACACCACCAACGUGCAGUUUGUCUCCGGCGAUAUGUUUGACUACAUUCCACCAGCGGAUGCCGUUCUACUCAAGUGGAUUUUGCAUGACUGGGAAGACCAAGACUGCGUCAAGAUACUGCGCAAGUGCAGAGAGGCCAUCCGCACAAGAGGUGCUGGGGGGAAGGUGAUUAUAAUCGAUUUCGUCGUCGGUGCUGGUUCUUGCAAGGAGACGGAGACACAGGUUCUGUUUGAUCUUUACAUGAUGAUGGAGAAUGGGGCUGAGCGGGACGAGCAAGAGUGGAGCAAGAUUUUCUUUGAAGCUGGAUUUAGUGACUACAAGAUCAUGCCAGUCUUAGGCGCUCGUUCACUCAUUCAAGUAUUCCCAUGAAUUCUGGCGGUUUGAUGUCCAAAUGUACUUCCUGUUUCCAAAUGUUUGUUUGCUUUCACAUCAGAAUAAUGCCUAGGACUAUACUAUAUAGUCUCGACUUUGAAUCUGAAUAAUGAAACUGUUUGUUAUCCUACGUGUUGUUUUCGUUCAUAAUUC